CCGCCUGCUGGAGCCGCUCGGUGCAGCCGAGUCGAGCUCACAGCGUAAAGAGCCUCGUUUGGUUAAGACAAAGGAGCACAUAUCAAUAAGUUUGAAUUCGGCUUUUUGCCAUGUCUUGUCAGUAGGGCCAAAACCCUUAGAAUCUCUCAAGUGGACUUUAUGACCUACUUUUGACAUUUCACUGCAACUUAGGGAAAGAUUAAUGAUUUCACGCUGUGUUUUGGACAGCGUAUAUUGAGCUGGCUGCCACCCUAUUACACUGAAAAUAAUUUCCUGGUUCUCCAGGUGCCUCUUCCUAGUUUUUUAAGUUUCACCUCUUGUGUUGGUUUGUUUAGGGGCUUUUGUCGUGGAUGCCUUACAAACUGUUGCUCGGGGCUUUUGCUAGGAAGCUGAUUUUGCCUUCUGGGAGUUGACACCAUUAAGAAGCUUGGCAUGGCUGUGUAUGGUCUCUGUUUCAGCUGGAUUUGAUCAGAUAGUCUCAGCUUAAGGUUCUUUUGUGAAGGUCGAAAGGACAAAAAGCGUUGAUAAUACCAACAACAGCAAAUCUGUCAGAGUCGUUCUACAGCAAAACACUUGUUUUUUGUGUCUGGGAAAGGUUCUCUAAUGGUCUUGUUUCACCAUGGCAACCAAUAUGGAGGUGCUGGCUCAGCAGGUAGUGGAGACUCAGCAGGUGGCUGAGGAAAUGCACCGUGGUUACAUAGUGUGAUGAUUGUAUCUUGCCACUGGAGAGAUCGCUCCAUCUCAAGAGUGUGUGAAGCUCUGUGAUUUCUUCCUGGCCGCUGAAAGCUUUGAAUCGUCCAAUAAUUUGAAGACACCUCUUAUAUCUACAUGCCUCCUGUCUAUUUUCCUCAUUUAACAUACAACUUUCGUGACUGUGAUGCAACAACCUGUGUAUUAAAGAUAGUUGGAGAUUGUACGUUCAAUUUGGAUUAUACUUCUACAGUACGUGGGACUACUUAUGGUACAGGCAAUAGGGGAGUAGAAUGGUGCCAACUGUUCAGACUUUGCUACCUGAAUCUCCAGUGAUGACCAGCCCUUCCCAGCGUAUCCAGAUAAUUUCCACAGACUCCUCUGUAGCUUCACCACAACGCAUUCAGAUUGUGACAGAUCAGCAAACAGGUCAGAAAAUUCAAAUAGUGACAGCAGUGGAUUCAGCUGUGUCUCCAAAGCAACAGUUCAUUUUAGCUAGUCCAGAUGGAACUGGUGCAGGAAAGGUGAUCUUGGCAGCACCUGAGACAUCUAAUGCCAAGCAGCUUAUCUUUACCACCACAGACAACAUUGUGCCAGGCAGAAUUCAGAUAGUGACAGACUCUGCUUCAGUGGAACGUCUGUUAGGAAAAACUGAUGUUCAGCGGCCCCAGGUAGUAGAAUAUUGUGUAGUCUGUGGUGAUAAAGCAUCAGGUCGUCACUAUGGUGCUGUCAGUUGUGAGGGAUGCAAAGGCUUCUUUAAAAGGAGUGUAAGGAAGAAUUUGACCUACAGUUGCCGUAGCAACCAGGACUGUAUCAUCAAUAAACACCAUCGGAAUCGAUGCCAGUUUUGUAGGCUUAAGAAAUGUCUAGAGAUGGGCAUGAAAAUGGAAUCGGUUCAAAGUGAAAGAAAGCCUUUUGAUGUGCAACGUGAAAAACCAACCAACUGUGCAGCUUCUACUGAAAAAAUCUAUAUAAGGAAAGAUCUUCGAAGCCCUCUAAUAGCAACUCCAACGUUUGUGGCAGAUAAAGAUGGGACACGGUCGGCCGGUCUUCUUGAUCCGGGAAUGCUCGUGAAUAUUCAGCAGCCUUUGAUCAGGGAUGAUGGUACAGUCCUCUUAGCUGCUGAUUCCAAGGCUGAAACAAGCCAAGGUGCCUUAGGAACACUAGCAAAUGUUGUAACAUCUCUUGCUAAUCUCAGUGAGUCACUAAAUAAUGGAGAUACUUCUGAAGUUCAACAAGAAGAGCAAUCUGCAAGUGAGAUUACACGGGCAUUUGAUACUUUGGCUAAAGCACUUAGUUCCACAGAUGGUACAACAGCUCAUAACUUGGCAGAUGGCAUGGAUCCUACAGGAGGAGGGAAUAUUCAUGUAAUCAGUAGAGAUCAGUCAACACCAAUUAUUGAAGUGGAAGGACCCCUACUUACAGAUACACAUGUCACAUUUAAACUGACAAUGCCCAGUCCGAUGCCAGAGUACCUUAAUGUACACUACAUCUGUGAGUCAGCAUCACGACUCCUUUUCCUCUCUAUGCACUGGGCUAGGUCCAUACCUGCAUUUCAAGCUCUUGGGCAGGACUGUAAUACGAGCCUUGUGCGUGCCUGCUGGAACGAACUGUUCACCUUAGGCCUGGCCCAGUGUGCACAGGUGAUGAGUCUGUCCACUAUCCUGGGAGCGAUUGUCAACCACCUCCAGAACAGCAUCCAGGAAGAUAAACUUUCUGGAGACAGAAUAAAGCAAGUCAUGGAACACAUCUGGAAACUUCAGGAGUUCUGUAACAGCAUGGCCAAGCUUGAUAUUGAUGGAUAUGAAUAUGCAUACCUUAAAGCUAUAGUCCUUUUUAGCCCUGAUCACCCUGGUCUGACCAGUUCAACCCAAAUAGAAAAAUUCCAGGAGAAGGCACAGAUGGAAUUGCAGGACUAUGUACAAAAAACCUAUCCAGAAGAUACUUAUAGGCUAGCCCGGAUCCUAGUUCGCUUGCCAGCACUCAGGCUGAUGAGCUCUAGCAUCACCGAGGAACUGUUUUUCACAGGUCUCAUUGGAAAUGUUCCCAUUGACAGCAUAAUCCCCUAUAUUCUCAAAAUGGAAACAGCAGAAUAUAAUGGUCAAAUAACUGGCACGUCUGCAUAGAGGGAACAACGUCAUUUGAGGGAUGGAAGUAAUUUUCACAAAAACCAUAUCAUUACAAAGUUAAAAGAGUAGUGGUUUUGGUAUGUGCAGAUAAUUCCAACUUGUUAUCAGUUUCCUGACAGAUUUGUCUUUUUCUGAUGUUGACAAAAUUUAAAGCAACUAUUAAAAGACCUGCUAUAGGACCUUUCCUGCCACAAGGAAUGUAUUUGAUGCCUUUCAUUUAAAAGGCCAUAGGUUACUGAACAUACUUUUCACAUGCUUUGUAUUUAGAAACUAUCAGUGGUUAAAAAGAGUUUUAUAAUAUCAGAGUAGUAAUAAAAUUACCUUAAAAAGAACAGUAUGUAUAUAUUUUAAAAUAUCCUUGGAAUGAAUGUCUAGCAAAUGCCAGGGUAUAAUACUAGCACUUUGUAAUCACUUCUUGUCAGAGCAACAGUGUCAUCAACAUCCUGCUUAUGAGUAUGGAAAAUGAAAAAAUGCAUAUGUCCUUAAUCAAAAUGCUAGUGAUUUUUGUAAAAAUGUACAAUACUAAAGGAGACAAUCAUUUAAUUUACAAAAAGUCACUUUAUGUUAUGCAUGAAAUAUUAAUGUGGAUUCUUAAAUCAGAUACCCACAUUAUAUGAAACUAUAUCUGUUAAAUUAGUGCAGUUGUAAUACACAGUACAGUGCAGUCAUGGUUAUUAUUAUGUACUACAGGAGUUCCCCACAUUAGAGAAAAAAAGUGUUCAUCACAAUAAUGAUUAAAUAUGCAGGUUCCUUAAAGAGUCUGUUCAGACAAACACAAUCAUGACAAAUGCUAUUCUAAGAAGAAGCCUUUUGACUUCAAGGCAAAUCAGUCAUUAACUGGAAGAGCAUUAAUUUUCAAAUAGAGCUGUGUGAUGCUCUUUGAGUAUGCUCUUUGUAUGCUCCAACUUUACUCCUUUUCUCUGUAUUCUGAACACCCUCAUAAUGUAGCCACAGGGUGGAGUUUAAGACCUGAAAUGUAUAAAACUUCUGGUUGUCAGCAAGAAUUUAUUACAAAGCUCUCUCACUCUAUUUCUCCCUUCCUCACUGAGCACUCCCAGUUUUCCAGUGCUCUCAACUUUCCUGUCACUCAGUUUGAAAACAGAAUAUAGUUAGGAUUUACUGUCACUCAUGUACAAUUGCAGUUGAUGAGUGAUACACCAUGGAGAUAUAAAAUGAACUACUUUUUAAUUGUCUCAAGUGAUGAGCCAUCAACACGUUUGCUAGUAGUACUGGCCAUUAGCUGCUAGCAUAGAUUUCAUUUUAGUAUAAUUUAUUAUUAUGGCUGUUCAGUAUUUUAAAAUCAAAGAUUUUUUUUAAAGUCAUAGCAAUGAAUACCUUCAUUUGAUCCUGGUUGAUUAGAUGCAUUAAUUAUUUUAAUUAUUUGUGUGUUAGAGGCGUUCUUACUUUCAUAGUUUUAUGUGACAAAACUUAUCUAAUGAUAACUUCAGCACUUUGGUUUUUCUUCUGUUACUGUUAUUUAUUUAGAAACAUCAACUAGGAUGGUCUUUGUAACUUUUCAGUCUAAAUUGUAGCCAAAAGACCUUAAGCAGCUUUAGAUGAGGUUUCUAAAGUAAACAAAAAGACUUCGUAUACUUCAUGCUUGUUAGGAGGCUGACAUUUGUAGCACUUACUGUGACACAAAAGACUAUUUAAUUUUAGCUUCUGUAUGCAUUAAAGUCUUCUACAGUUACUAUUUUUAGCACAUCCAGAAUCUUUUCUCUGAAGGGUAUUAUAGAGUCCAGUGUCCAUGCAGACAUUUGUAAUACUGCACUUGUAUCUCUCUCAGCUUUUGCUAUAGCAAAUGAAAUUGUCAUAUUGUUCAUGCAAUGGAAAGUUGCUUUCUACAUGUGAAGUCAGCUGAACUUGAGCUUUUAGUAUCAACCAUUUGAUUGUAGUGUAACUGCUGUGAGAUUGUGUCAGCACUUCUGCUGCACAGCCCUUAUGUUAAAUAAGGGUAUGCAACUUAAAAAUUAAUGGUGAUAUUAACAUCAGAAUCAGUAGUUACCUUGGAAAGAGUAGUGACUGCUUUUAACAUUUAAAAUUUUAUUGGGUUAUGUCACUGUUCUACAAGCAGAAUGCAUUGAACUAUUGUGAUUUUUUUUUAAUUGCCAAAAGGAUUAUGGAACUUAAUUUCUUUAAGUAUUUCAUAAAAACAAUUUAGCAGAUAAGAAAGUGUUUCAAUGGUAAAUUAAAUAUCCCUUAGCACAAAAACUAGCCUUUGGAGUAUUUGGUUUUAAAUCUCAAUACACACCACCUAGCUUUCUCUUGACAAACAUCAUUUCAAUUUCCAAUUUUUCAAGUGAAAGGGCCCAAUUGUUUUGUGUGAAAAUUUGUAAUUUUUAUUACUCUGAUCAUAACAAUUCAGGAAAGAAGAUAAAGGCAUUAUAGUCUUUUGGGAACAAAGAGAUGACAUGAAAUAAAAUGUAAAAUGUAUGCCUUACAUUACAUACGUAAAUUGAAAUAAUGAAUAUCAUGCAGCUCUGUUUACAAAUAAACUACACUCCCCACAAAUGCAAGGCCACAUCAUGAUAUCCUUGCUCAAACCCUGGUAGUUACAUACUCUGCAAAUGGUCAUUAAAGAGUUUAUUAGGGAUAAAAUAUUAAUUUGUGUAAAUUGAGUAACAACCAUGCAAUCCAAAGUUAUGCAUGCAUUUAAUAAAUGAAAUGAAGCAGUUCCAUCCUAAAGAUUUGGAUAUUACCACCUAAAAGCUAUAAAGCCCCUCUCUGUGUAGCAUCAUUCGUGUGAUUUGCUGGCUUGCAGAGCUCAGAACCAGGCUCCUUCGUUCUGAUGCCAUUAAUAAAAAAUACUCUCUCUAACUAUACAGUAUUUUGAUUCCAAGACUAACAUUUUGGAUUCUAGAAAUCUGAACAUGGAUGGGUGCCUGGGCUAUUUCUUCCCCAGGGAAAGGGUUUGGUGCUUUCCCUCUUAGAACUUCACAAAGUUCCUGUUGGCCGGUUUUACCAGCCUGUGCCAAUCCCUGUCAGUGGGAGCAGGACCCUGCACACAGUGCAGCUUUGCACUGUCUCUGCACAAAGUAGUGCAACACCAACAUAGUUCUUGGAAUUUCUGAGGUUUGUUCCAGCCCUCCUGCAGUGACUGGAAGAUGGUAACAGGCUAAUCUUAGUAGA